CACCCAGGCUGCAGCUUACACCUGCACCAUGCCUGCCUGUCGUCUCUGCAUGCCGGCCUCAGGCCUCCUUCUUGGGCUGCUGCUUUUCACUGCCACCUCAGCCGCAGGCACCGGAACAGAGAAACCGGGCGAGUGCCCCCAGCUCCAAGCGAUUCCGAUUCCGGGCUGUGUGAAGGACUGCGCCUCAGACAACGACUGUGCUGACAACCGCAAGUGCUGCCAGGCCGGCUGCAGCUUUGUCUGCUCCACGCCUAAUGGACCAAGAGAGGGAGAGCUCUCAGGUACCAAUACCACGACUCUGUCAGCCGACCUUGCCCAUACUACUCCCUUAUCAGGAGGUAAAGUCUCCACAGAGCCACCAGCUGUGAUCAGCAAAGGUGACCGAGAAAAGCAGGGCACCUGCCCCAGUGUGGGCUUCCCCACGCUCGGCCUCUGCGAGGACCAGUGUCAGGUGGACAGUCAGUGUUCUGGCAACAUGAAAUGCUGUCGAAAUGGCUGUGGGAAGAUGGCCUGUGUCACACCCCAAUUCUGAGCUUCAGCCACCACCAGCCUGAAUGGGGAGAGGUUCCUUCUGCUGAACUGUGCAGCUGGCUUUGUUCCUGUGGCCUUCCUUCUCUCCCGCCUUCACGUUUCUUCCCAGACCCACAAAGGCAUCUCUUUUUCCCAACCAAUAAAUUGAUUACUUUCAGCAAUGG